AUCAUCUUUUAGAAUCAGAAGGUUCUUAUACCAGUGAAGCUUUGGCCUCAGAAGAUAGAGAGGCUAAACUAAGAAAGAAAGUCACAGUAUUGGAGGAAAAGCUAGUUUCAUCCUCUAAUGCAAUGGAAAAUGCAAGUCAUCAAGCCAGUGUGCAGGUAGAGUCAUUGCAAGAACAAUUGAAUGUAGUCUCCAAGCAAAGGGAUGAAACUGCGCUGCUUUCUGCCUCUCAGCAACAAGUAAAGCAGUAUGCUCUGUCACUGGCCAACCUGCAGAUGGUACUACAGCAUUUCCAAAAAGAGGAAAAAUCUAUGUAUUCUGCUGAACUACAAAAGCAAAAACAGCUUAUAGCUGAAUGGAAGAAAAAGGCAGAAAGUUUGGAAAGAAAAGUGAUAUUACAGGAACGUUUGGAUGAAGCAGAUGCUGCAUUGGAUUCAGCAUCAAGACUUGCAGAACAGUUAGAUCUAAAAGAAGAACAAAUUGAAGAACUUAAAAAACAAAAUGAGUUCCAACAAGAAAUGCUGGAUGAUGUACAAAAGAAAUUGGUGAACUUAGCAAACAGCCUAGAAGGAAAAGUGGACAAAGUCCUAAUGAGAAACCUCUUCAUCAGUCAUUUCCACAUGCCAAAAAAUCAGCGUCACGAAGUGUUAUGGUUGAUGGGCAGCAUCCUGGGGGUCAGAAGGGAGGAGAUGGAGCAGUUGUUUCAUGACGAUCAGGGCAGUGUUACCAGGUGGAUGACUGGGUGGCUUGGAAGAGGAUCAAAAAGUGUUCCCAACACACCUUUGAGACCAAAUCAGCAAUCUGUGCUUAAUAGUUCUUUUUCAGAACGUUUUGUUAAAUUUCUAGAAACAGAAUCUCAUUCAUCUGUUCCACCACCAAAGCUUUCUGUUCAUGAUAUGAAACCUCUAGAAUCACCAGGAAGGAGAAAACUAGACACAAAUGCACCAGAAAGUUUUAAAGAUACAGCAGAAUCCAGGUCAGGUAGAAGACGAGAGGUAAAUCCGGUUUUGGCUCCUCGCUCGGCAGCUGUACCUCUUAUUAACCCAGCUGGACUUGGACCUGGUGGGCCCCAGCAUCUUCUUUUGAAACCCAUCUCAGAUGUUUGGCCCACAUUUACACCUUUGCCAGUGUUACCUGACAACAGCGCUGGAGUUGUGUUGAAAGACCUUGGAAAACAAUAGAUGAUUCUCAAGCCAGAGACAAUCUAGCACUUUAAAGAA